AUGUUGCGAAAAGUAGUUAUUUCUGCUAUUUCCCUCUUUCUUAUUGUCGGUGCUGUCAUUGGGGUGGUGGCUCUAGUGCAACCCCAUCAGAAGGGAUCCGAUGGAGAAAACGAAACAGGAAACAUAUCUGCAUCAAUGAAGAUCGCUAAUCAGCUAUGUCAACCGUCAGAUUACAAGGAGGCGUGCACCAAGACCCUCAGCUCUGUGAACAGCACCGAUCCUAAGGAAUUUGUCAAGCAUGCUAUAUUAGCUGCCUCAGAUGCUGUGAAGAAAUCAUUCAACUUCUCCGAGGAAUUGAUCGUCAAGGCCAGUCAAGAUAAGCGCGAGAAAAUGGCCUUGGACGAUUGCCAGGAGUUGUUGGACUAUGCCGUUCAAGAGCUUCAGGCAUCAAUGUCAAUGGUGGGAGAUAGUGAUUUGCACACCACAAAUAACCGAGUUGCAGAGUUACAAAGUUGGUUGAGCGCUGUCCUUGCAUAUCAAGAAACAUGCGUGGACGGGUUCGAUGAUAAGAGCCCCAUCAAGCCUAUCAUUCAACAAGGUUUCGUUAAUGCUAGCCAGCUCACAGAUAACGUUCUGGCUAUCAUCUCUGGCUUGUCAGACUUCCUCAAAUCCAUGGGCCUCCAGUUUAACAUUCCUUCCAACUCUCGUCGCCUUCUUGCCGAGGAUGGAUUUCCCACCUGGUUCUCUGGGGCUGAUCGUAAGCUUUUGGCUGCACAAGACAAUGGUAAGGUUAAACCAAAUGCGGUUGUGGCUCAGGAUGGUAGUGGACAAUUCAAGACCAUCAGUGCAGCCAUUGCUGCAUAUCCCAAUAAACUCAAGGGACGAUAUAUUAUCUAUGUUAAGGCUGGAACUUAUCGCGAGUAUGUUACUAUUGACAAGAAGAAACCCAAUGUGUUCAUCUAUGGUGAUGGACCCAGGAAGACCAUCGUCACCGGAAGCAAGAGCUUUGCCAAGGAUGGUUUAGGCACAUGGAAGACCGCUACUUUUGUGGCUGAAGCGGAUGGGUUCAUUGCCAAGUCGAUCGGAUUCCAAAACACUGCUGGUCCUGACGGGCACCAGGCCGUGGCACUUCGUGUAAGUUCUGAUAUGUCAGCAUUCCUCAACUGCAGGAUGGACGGGUAUCAAGACACGUUGUUGUACCAAGCCAAGCGUCAAUUCUACCGCAACUGUGUUAUUUCUGGCACAGUUGAUUUCAUCUUCGGUUAUGGCGCUGCUGUGAUCCAAAACUCCUUGAUUGUCGUCCGAAGACCUAAUGCUAACCAGCAGAACUCAGUGACUGCAGACGGCAGGAAAGAGAAUCAUGCCACCACCGGUUUGGUCAUCCACAACUGCAGGAUUGUCCCUGAGCAGAAGCUAGUUGCUGAUAGGUUCAAGAUCCCAACAUACCUCGGCAGGCCAUGGAAGCCAUUCUCCAGGACUGUUGUCAUGGAAUCAGAAUUGGCAGAUUUUAUUCAGCCUGCGGGGUGGAUGCCAUGGGCCGGAAGCUUACAUCUUGACACUUUGUACUAUGCAGAGUAUGCCAACAGAGGCGCUGGUGCAAAUACCAACAAGAGGGUGAACUGGAAAACUUUCCAUGUCAUUAACAGGAACGAGGCUCUUCGAUUCACCGCUGGCCAAUUCCUUCAGGGCGCUGCUUGGAUUAAAAAUGCUGGAGUGCCUGUCUUGCUUGGCCUAAAACGAUGA